CUUAACCUGAGGGGAAAAUGCAAAAUAGACAUAUCUGGAUCAAAAAUGCUUGUUAUGCAUGUUUGUCGAAUUUUGAAAUACUGAAUUACAUUCUUAAAUUUAGGAAGAGGACAAAUUUAUCGAAGAGGAAAAAUACGCGAAAUAAUCGCGACUAAAUUCGCUGUUGCUAGGGGCAACCGGCGAAACUUUGUAUAGCCACAAACCGUCGUAUCACUGCAGCUCAUUGCGGCUGAGACGCCUUUGUGAAGAAACCUGAUUUUUUCUUUUCCUGCAACACACAGCCUUGAAAGAUUCAACAUGACAUCUCCUCGGAAAAUCCAAAUAGAUCUCAAAACGAUGAUCAAAGACACUAAACAGGAUAUGGAUGAUGUGCACCAAGCCCUGGAAAAACUCCGAAGUCUCUCCCAGGAAGAGAGGACAGAGGCAGAAGUGCUGCGUUCAAGAAUCGACGAGCAGUCUACUCUCAUCUGCAUCCUGAAACAGAGAGCAGAUGAGAUGCUUCUGCGCUGUCAGGCUCUGGAGAAGAUCAACACAGAGCUGGAGAACCUGAGAGCCAAUGUGCAGGUGGAGCUGGAGAACGAGAGGAAGAAAUCCGAACUGCUGGAGCAGAGAUUCAUGCACCUGGCCUCCAACCACAGAGAGCUGAUCAACUUCAAGAACGAGUACAAAAGCCAGAAUGCGAAGCUGGAGAAAGAGAAUGAGAGACUCAGAAAGGAAAAUGAAACACUUUUCAGCAAGGAAAUGCAAGAAAAAGAGGAGACAAUCCUCAAACUGACCCAAGAGCUCAAGGACUUGGCAGAGCAACAUAAGAUACUAGAAACGGAGUAUCAGGAGAAAACAACAGGUUUCCAGAUUAAACUGAAAGAACUGAUCAACCUCCAUCAGAUCAAAGAGGCAUCUUUGAAGAACGAACUAAGCGACACACAAAAACAGCUGAAGAAUGCUGUAGAGAUGUGUGCAGAGUUGGAUCUCAAACUAAGACAAACACAGGAAAAAGAAUCAUUGAGAGACACAGACACUCAGGAGAGACUGGAGAAACUCAUGAAGGAAAAGGAUGAGCUAAUCGAUCUCUCUGUGCAGCGGGGCAAAAUUAUUCUGGACAAACAAGCUGAAAUUCAGAAGCUGGAGAGGAAAAGGCAGGAAGCUGAGAAUGGCAGACUAGAUGCAGAGAACAGGUUUGAAAAGGAAGCAGCAGCUGUGAACAGUGAGUUAAGAGUGAAGGAACUACAGGAUGCCUUAGAGAGGGCAGAGGACACCUGCGAUGAGUUGAAAAAGGCGUUUGAGGCAUUUAAAAAGCACAGCAGUGAACUGCUUGAAAAGGAGAAGGAUUUAAACUGCAAACUUCGCCACAUGGUCAUCUGAGUCAUCCAUCCCAUUUACAGUGCAUUUCUACCAUAAAAGUCAGCCAUUAUAAAGCAAAAUUCACUCACUUCCUGCUCUGAGCUGAAUCAUCACACUUGGAGUGAUUGUAUAUAAUGAACCAGAAGACAAAGAUGAGGUGAGAUUUUCCUUAAGAGAACGUCUUCCGUCAGUAGAGGGCAGUGUAAUGUGUUUCUGUAGGGCAAAAGUGGGUUUGUUGGUAGUUUGCAAAUAGGUUGUUUUGGCUGAACUGUGACUUUUUGAAAUUAAAAAAAUAACAUUUUUAAACUUCCACUAUGGUUUGGUGUUCCCUCGCACAGGUUCUUGAUGGUCGUGAUUAUUAGAGAAUCGCCUGAUCAUGAUUUGGCCUGUCAUGAUCUUGAAUUUUGUGCUGAUGAUUAAUUCUCAUACAAAUAAUUGCAAUUAACAAUUUAAUUCUGAUUUGGUCAUGUCACUUACAGUUUAAGCCUAAUACAUUAUUUUUUACUUGGAAUCAUAUACAAUAAUAAUAAAAUAGGCAGCUGUUCGUCUUUGCGUCAUUAUGUCAUGCCUGUUUACAUAAAAAAAAAGUCCCAGCUAGUAGGCUAUUGUGGAGGAUGCUGCAGGUGACGGAUCAUUUAUAGCAUUUUCUCACAGCAGCUGCAAUAAUUAAACUUAUCAUUUUGAUGGCGGAUUGUAAUCCAGAAAGAUCCAAAUGACAAUCAUCAGUGACAACUGAUUUUCAGAAAUUGAAAUCUACAGGUAACGCUAAUACACACUAGAUACACAUAGUCACGUAAUGCUGAUGUUGUUAACAUUACAUGAGAACAAAGUAUAACAGUAAUAAUAAUUUGCACAGUAUGAUAUGAUCCGAGAUAAGCAAUCAUUAGAUUUAAUCACCAUUGGUAGCGUGAUUUAUUGAAAUGCAUUUUUCUCAGUUGGUCAGAACAAAAGUGGCAGACAUGCCUUGUUCAGACGACAUUUUCCGGUGAAAAUUCUUACUUUGGUCAUACUUCCAAGAUGAAUCUGUGAUUCUGAAGUACAGUAUCCACCAGUGCGGUGACUGACAACAAACAUUAGAUUCAUCCACUCUGAGGAGCCAUGUCGAUGCACAACCCACGUAAAGAUGAUAAUUCCGCAAAUAACUGCAAUUGCAGAUUUCAAACAGAGAUGGCGACAAAGAGACAAAACUUACGGACUGCAGCUUUAAAGGAAUAGUUCGCCCAAAAAAGACAAUUCUGUCAUUAUUUACUCACCCUCAUGUUGUCAAGAAAAUGUUGUUCUUCAAAAUAUAUAUAUAUAUAUAUAUAUAUAUAUUUUUGUGUUAAAGAAUAAAGAAAUGCAGUUGCAUAAUUUCUACAGAGCCCCUAAAUUGACACUAUGAUGGAAAAAAAUAUGAGAUGGGAGGAAAAAUAUAUAUUUUAAUGCUUUUGCAUACCCGUGAUAAAUUUUGCACUCCCUCACAAAACUUUUGCAUUUGCUUCCAAAAAUGUUUUGCAUUCCCCUGAGAAACUUUGUGUUUGCUUGCAAAGAAUACAAAAGUUUUGCGAGCGAACGCAAACUUUCUUGGGGGAACGCAAAACUUUUGCAAAAGAAUGUAAAAUCAUUGACAAAUAAUAUUUUCCCCCAUCAUAUAUUUUUUUCCUUCACCAUAUCCCCUUAGGGGCUCUGUAAAUUUAAGACAUCUAGAAAACCCCUGAUUUUUAUUUUUUAGAAAUCAGCUAAUCACAAUAAUUUGUAUGACAAUUAAAUCACCAACCUUAAUUUAAUCAUUAUGCCAGCUCAUCUGAUGCUCAUCUGUGUAUGCAAUAAAUUAGACUGGACUGUUCUAUAUGUAUGUAGCCUCGUUCCUGAGUAGAUAAAACCAUUCAACUGUGUAGUAAAAGCUCUCAAGCCAUAUAGCACUUAGAAAUGCAAUGCUCACCUUCCAGUUCCAACCAGCACUUUAAGUCAUUCUUUGGUUCACCCUGUAUCCCUCCAUGCAUGAAACUGUUCUUCUUUCCAGAUAACAACAACAACAACAACAACACGUCUUUACAAAUGAACAAGCUUCGACAUAAAAUGACAGUAUUUUGCUAACGUUUGUCAUUUUGACGUGCUCUUUGUAAUUUUUAGUGUAGUAAUUUUAGUGUCAUUCCUAAACAAAUAACAGGUAGUUUGCAUAGUUGUGUAGUGGUGGUCAUCUGGUCUGCAUCUAUAUAUAUGUUUUAUAGAAUAGAACAUCUGGAUGGAUUUAUAGAUGUUCAUGCCUGAUAGCAUGUUAAGUUAACUAGUCAAAGACACAUUUUCAUUGCAUUUAGUGAUGAAAUGUAUUUUAGUCCUAAGUUUAUAUAUUUAGUCAUGUAGCAGAACAAUGGUUCUUUUAGGGUGUGAACCCAGAACUCGCUCAGAUCUUUAACUUUAAUGUUUGGUAUGUUAGUGGUAUGUCCUUAUAUCAUCCGUGUGAGUUUUUAAUGGCUGUCAGUUUGCGGUCAAAAUGCUGGAUUCCUUUGUGUUCUCGUAACUGCACGUUGCUGUAGUCUGUCACUAUUUCAUACAUCACAUCAAGUUGAGGCAAGUUUGCAUCCGUGCCAUAACUGACCAUUGCACCCGCCAAUUGCAUCUGACCUGGUCAGUGGUUCAUAACCCCAAUGCCAUGACAAUCUUUUUCCUUAGAAGUGCUGCGAAUAUUGGAAUUGCCUUAUAUGGGAAUCACUGGAAUGGUGUGAAUGACCCUGUUUCUGUGACCUCUUGUUUUGUAAUUCUUUCCAAAAACACUGAUGUAGAGAGGACUUGACUGUUAAGAUCGUUUAUUUUAGAUGAUAUGUAAAGCAUUUCAAGUCUAAAUAAAAUCAAAAUGAAAA